UCUUACUAAUUCCAGCAAGAAGCGGAACUUCCACCGAAACGGCCGUGCCAAAGCAUUAUGGACGAAGCGAUGAGCUUAUCGAGCGUGGGUUCGCUAUUCCAAGCUCUCUUCUCCGAUCUCAGGGGAAGCAAACUAUUAUUUGAAGACAUUGUUGCGAAAGCAGAGCGACUGUCGAGAUCGAUCGAGUCUGCAGCCGUUGCGAGUCAUGUCUUUCUCGAUUCGUUUCAGAAGGUGGCCGAUGCUGCCAUAUCUGCAAAAGGUGCUACGAGAGAGUUGGGCACGGCGCUUACUAAGAUGUGUAUGAGACAUAGAGCUUUGGAAGUGAAGGCAGCAGAUAUAUCGAGAAUGUUGAAUAGUGCACUGGCGCAGCCUCUGACGACACUGAUAAGAGAAUGGGACAGAACGACAAGAACUUUGGAGGCUGAUCACGAACGAGAGAGCAGAAAAGCUGUCAAGUCAGCAAAGCGUGCAGCUCAAGAUACGAUCAAACGAGUUAAGGAAACCGACAAGUUGGAACGAAAAGGAAAGGGCAGUGUAGAAAUGCAGGGUAAAAUGGAGGAGUCAAUGAAGGCUGCCAGUGAGAGUUACCAGCAUGUAGAAGAGGUGGAACGAUUCUGGAUGCGAAAACUGCUUAUCGAACAGAGAAGUCGCUAUUGUAAAUUCGUUCAAUGUUUCAAGCCUGUGGCGGAGAGUGAGGUUGCUUUGUUGGAGGAGGCCACCCAUGUCAAUACCAUUCUUUCUGAUACCCUUCAGCUUGUUGUAAAUCCGCAUGUUCUUCCGGGCAGUAGUGAGGAGCUUAUUGCUGAUUUGAAGGUGGCAGAUCCUGUCAAUCUGAGUGGAUCUCCAGCACCCAGUCGACGUUCACGUGCAGCGACGGAUGGUAACAAUUCUGAUUCUGGAAGGCGUCCAUCAUCUGUCAGUUCGGGCCUAUCCGACUUAUCCAAUUAUACAAAUGGCAGUUUGGUUACUCCUACGUCACCAACUUCAAUACCUCCAGAUGAGUAUCCACCGCCUCCUUUACCACCGAGUGUACCUCAUUAUAGUGGCAAUAUUGAGCAAACACAGACAUUGCCUCCACCUCCUCCACCACAACAGAACAAUCCUCCUCCUUUGCCACCUCCUAAUGUACCAAAAUCUGUUGAACCACACAGAGCUGCUUCUCCUCAACGACUUUCUUCUCCUCAACGACUUCCUUCUCCUCGACUACCUUCACAAUCGUCUGUUCCGUCUCACCAAUAUGAGCGCCAGCCUUCUCCACUCGUUCCAAAAAGAGAACAGCCUGACGCAGUUCAAACAGAUCGAACAGAUUCUGAUGAUGAUGAGGGAGGUGAAAGCAGCUUCCUUGCUGCAUUAAAGAAAGCCAAAUUGAAGAAAGCUGCAACAAGUGAUCGUUCAGGACCAAACGUUUGAAUAGUCAGCAAAGAACUUAUUUUGUAUGUACGUGUCAUGUACUUGUUUUAAUUCAUCAUUGUUACUGUAUCUUAUUACAGUAGUACUAACAUAGACUUGGGAUAUGAUAAUUGGUUGCUAGAAUCUAACGUACAAACAUCUGGUGCGUUUGUCUAUGCAUUUUCUGUUGCUUAUUGUCACAAGAAUUUUCUAAUAAUUUGUACUAACUACUUGUAACAA